UGCUCCCCUAACCGUUGCCUAUACCAGUUUUCACUUUUAAACUAAAUUAUUAGCGGUUGAAAACGCGAAAUGACAUGCCCGAUGUCACUUAUACAGCAAUCAACGGACCGUUUUUUCAAAACUAUACAUCAGAUUGACUUCUGGCUUGCUAUAGAGCCGUCAAAUGGACUUCUGGUGCACUUUUUGAGUGAGAAGUACAAAACGUCAAAAUACUUUGAUUUGGUUUUGGACAGAAUGGAUACUUCUGGCAAACCAGCAUUUUUAAUGGCAUGUUAUGGAGAUAUACUUGGUAAUGAAGAGGAGCGUUUACACUUUCAUAAAAUUAAAACUUUUCCAAAGAAUAAGUUUAGAUGCUUGAAUUUCUUUAGGAAUUCUAUAUGGUGGCCAAUUAUCCGUGGUUUGGUUGAUAGAAAUUGGCCAAACUCAAUUAACAAAUUCCUAUUAAAGCUUCAGCUCAACAAUAAAUAUCAAUGGAGAUCAAAGAUGAUUGUUUCUACACUAGUAUACUCCUUAAUUAAAAAGAGAGUAUAUGUCUUUGAUCAUAUUUUGAGAUCAAACUGCUCGAUAAGUAAAAGCUCUAUAUUAAACAGAAUGUUUGGUGUCCUGUUAAGAUUAAAAGAUGAGAAAAGAUUUGAAAUUUUCAAAUUUCUAUUAGUUAGAUUUUAUAGACCACCGCAAGAAGGAGAAGGUCCACCAUUGACUGUUCUAAAGGCCUGCACUCAACACGGAAUUCAACUUGAAGACUUUCUAAGCGUAGUCAAUUUUCCUAAAGAUGAAGCUAAGAGACAUUCAAUAGUUCGUCACCUUAUCAUAUCUAGCUAUGUUAAUGGAAAUGCAAAGAUUUUUCUUUAUCUUAUCUCCAUUAAGCCUGAUCUAAUAAGCAUGUUUAAAGAUUCUAAUUUCUGGGAAUGGCUUAUCGAAAAACCACAAGAAAUCAUUAAUUAUCUUAUAAAUAAGAUACCGGAUAUGCUUGUAUGGGUAGAUAAAUAUUUAUCAGGGAAAACGUCACAUUAUAUCCGAUCGACGUCUAUAUUAACUAAAGAUAUGCAAAAUCUAUUAAAAGUUAAGCUUUUUGUUGAUUAUUUCUCAAAAAGAAAUACUCUCUAUAGAUUAUUUAAUAUUUGGCAAAAAAAUUUAGAACACCAAUUCGAAAAUAACAUGGAAAGUAAAUGCUACUUUUACACUUUCUAUAAUAUUAUAAAAACAAUGGAUCUAUAUGGUUUGCCAAUUAGGAAGCCAGCCGACUUAUUUUGUUAUUGGUUCCUGCGUCAAGUUUGUACCACUUUCAACGAUCAUCAUAAAUUUAGGCUAUGUAGAAAUUUGGCUUUAAGAAUUCUUCCCAUUUUAAUUGAGUAUGGCUAUAAUUAUAAUGGUCUUUUGCCGCCCAUCAUCUUUGGAAUAUCGUCUAAUGGAACAAUAGAGAGAUUGCUUAGAAAAAACAGAGGCAUUACUACAGAUUCACCUAUUUUUGUUGAUGGAUACCACGUACUAAUCCUUCUCCGCAUGGUUUGUGGUUAUAUUGACCCGGAAUUGUCCUAUAAUCGUAUGAGACCUCUGCAGCAACUAAGUACAAUUGUUAUAAGAAACCAUAUGCUUCCACCUUUCAAGAAAAAUGUAGACACUUUACCAAUACCUUUAACUCUAAAACAAGGAAUCCUUUUGACAGAUGAAUUGAACAAGGCUAAUCUAUACAAAAGAUUCGAUUUGAAAGAAUUCGAAAGUGUCUACUUAGAUGAUGUAACUUUAUGCUAUCAAACAUCCAAUGCGAUAUUUGAUGCCAAACACUAUACGACUUGCGCCGACAAGUGUAUGCAUCAGUCCGACGGAACUCCUUAUCUAUAAGUCAACCUUCAUCGUCGCCGACUAUUUAUAUAGCUUAGAGUUACUAAAAUUAAAUCAAAGAGAUGUAUAUCUCACUAAAAAUAUGUGCUUUUUUUCCAUUCUUUAUAUGAAAAAUCUAUUAAAACUAUCCGUUCGCAAAUCAAAUAAGUAUAGACUGUAAAUUGAAAAAGUAACAAACACUUAUUACAGAGAAUAUUGUGAGACGAAAACUUUUUUGAACACAUCUGUUAUAUACAUCUGUUAAAACAAAACAAAAA